ACAUUUUUCCAUUAAGGCAAUUGCAUGUGCAUAAAUAUUUAAUUUGAUGCUGAACCGUCUCCCAGCAAAUUGAUUUUCAUACCUACUGGCACUGGAAAAUAGACUAGAUCUACUGAGAAAAGAAAAGAAUUGAAAUUCAUAUUUAUAAAGAAAUAGCACAAUGGACAAGUGUAUCGUUGACGCUGACACGGUCAUACUAGACUGGGCAAAGAAGUGGUAUGAUGAAAAUAUGAAGAAAGGACUGGAAAAACUUCAUAAAGGUGAGAAACUGGAUUGGGAGGCAAUCAACAUUGACCUUAAAAAGCAGGUGGGUGAUGACAAGCUUCGCUUGGUGCCCGAUGAAGGCGCAGAUAUUGAAAGGGACGAAAAGAUCAGCGAUGAAGAUGCUUCCACUGGACCCAAACAGCAACGCGCCUACGUGCUGUUCCGCUCCUGCUUCAACAACGACACAUGCGGAGAUCAGGAACAUACUCUGAGAACAGAACGCAGAACAAACUCCACGUGCCAAGUGUCCAUUUCAGAAGGAUGUAGAAUCGGCGGAGGCUUCAGUUUAAAUGUCCCAAACCCUGUGAUUGAGGCUAACGUUGGUUUUAGCAAAGAACUGGAAAUUACAGAGGGAAAAGAAACGACUACCGAGCGCGAGUUGACGUGGACCCUUGACAGCCUUAUCAAAGUUCCCGCCAAAACCAAGAUCACUGCAGAAAUGCAGGUGAAGGAAGCAGAAUACCAAGGGAAAUUUGAGCUUAAAACGUAUAUAAGGGGACGUUUUGAAGUAGUCUUGAGCAAAAACGGCUGUCACCUUGGUACAAUCAAAGGUUCCAAUCUGAAGAAAGUUUUUACCAAAGAACACGGUUUCAAGGAGGACGCAGCAGGGGUGUAUAUUGUAACACGCGGUACCUGCCACUUUCGAUACGGCAUUGAGCAAAAUUUGCGAUUGUAUGAAGAAAAACUUCCUGGCUGGGAGGACCUGAAGAGGAAUAAACAAGAUUAGUGGCCAGGGCUUACAGCUUAUUACAACCUGGUGCGUCGGCAUAUAUGCGUGCUGCUUUACAACGCUUAGUUCACUGCAAGCUAGAAAGAACUGUCAGAACGUUUGUAGAACAUUCGAUACAUUUACAAAGGCAUAUUAACCUUCGCCUCUGCCAAGUGGAAAGGAUUUAUUAAUGUACGUGCAUGUGCAUUCUGACAAAUGUAUAUCCCGACAGUUAUCUUGCAUUAACGCUCGUUUCCAUUUCUAACACUAAAGAAUAGACGUUUAUAAUGUGUUGCACAGUCGACAAUUGGAAAUUAAAUGUGGUAAGCUUUUUGCUUUUUGAUAUCUGUUUCACUUCGAAAAUGCACUGAUGUUAUGGCUGUAGUGAAAAUCCAGAAAAAAUUAACACGACAUCCGACCAUUUCGACCUCAGUUAAGUGCUUUUCACUUUAGAUUGAUCGUUCGUGUAUUGACAUCGAAAACCAUACAUUAAUUUAUCUGAUUAUUAAAGUGUGCUGAUGGUAUGAAACAGACGCAAAAACCUUGUCAACCAUCAAUAUCUCAGCUGUUAAAUUACGAAAUUCUCUCUGGGAUUUGAUUGUCUUUCUUCAUUGAUUGUGCUAAUGGGAUUAGAACAAUCCUUUUAGAAUUCAAGGGUCAUUGCCGCAUAAAUUGCAUGUGAACAGUACAAAUGUUAACAUUCGUAAGCUAUAUGAAACGCGAAUGCAUGCUAUGAGGAACCUCUGGGGGUUUACUCCAUAUCAUACAAAAUCAAAAUGUGCGUGUCUCACCAAACGCAUUCAGGACGAAAGUGGAGCACAGCCAACGUCUGAGCACAAUCAUAUUGCCCUGUUUUUUCCCCUUUGACAUACCAUUUUUUCCCCAUAAUUUUGAACUGUAAAAGGUACAUUUGACAAGACUAAAAACUGGAUCCAUUACCAGACUUACCUACAAGGGCUACAGACAAAAGUAGUUUAAAAAAAUGAAGGAUGUUUUUUUUAAUAAGUGAUUCAGACCACAAAUAAAAGGACUUUAUGAAAGCAUUUUUCAAUGAAUAUAGUAUUAUGAACUACU